AUGUUGUGUCUAAAAUUAGGUCCCAUCUGGUGGCAAUACAUGAUCGUUACCGGCGCAACAUUGAGUGUGCUGAGUACAGGACUCAGUUUAGGAUGGGGUUCACCAGUUCUGGUGAAAUUAAUGAAGAUGGGAAACCGCACAGAGAUGCUACUAUCAAAUCCAAUCACUACUGAAGAUGGCUCCUGGUUGGUAUCCAUUGGGCCACUGGUUAGCAUUUUUUCUGCGCUUCUUACUCCCAUAUCUAACGUAAUAGGACAUAAAUACACUAUAGUAUUAUCAUCUUUACCAAAUAUAAUUGCUGGCCUUAUAUUUGUAUUUGCUGACAAGUUCUGGCUUGUUCUAUUGGGCCGCGGAUUCUGUGGAGUAUCUAUGGGCAUGAUAAUUCCAAUUAUUUCUGUAUAUUCAGCAGAAAUCGCUAACAAUGAGAUACGAGGAUCUUUGUGCUCCAUCUUACAAGUUAUCUGUGGUCUGGGCUGCGUGACUAUGUUCAUCGUAGGACCAUUUAUGACCUAUUUGAAUCUCAAUAUCUUAUACAGCUGCUUGACAAUAUUGUGCUCUAUUCCGGCGUUAUUUGUACCUCAAAGUCCAUAUUUCUUGUACACAAAAGGUCGAAUACAAGAAGCACAUCAGUUGCUAACAUUCCUACGAGGUUCAGAGGAAUUAGCUCAAGCUGAAAUCGAACAAUAUUCAUUAUGCAAUAACGUAAAACAAAUUGAAACGCCUAAAAAAGUUUACAGAGAGAAAUUAUUUCUGAAGGCUGUUUACUUGUGUAUAUGUGUAUCAAUUUUAACUCAAUGUUCAGGAUACAAUUCGGUGUCUUACUAUUUGCAAACUCUAUUGGAAUCUACGGAGACUAAUAUUAGUCCAGCGAUUGCUUCGGCAGUGGUUGGAGUGUUGCAACUACUUGGAGGUUGCAUAACGGCCUGUAUUAUUGAUAAGUACGGUAGAAAAACAAUAUUGUCUAUUUCAUUUCUUGGGAUUGCUCUUGGAUCGUUUGGUCUGGGAACAUUUUUCAAAUUAAAGGAAACUCAGGAAAUGCAUGGAAUUUUGAACUAUGUCCCGAUUGUAUCAAUAAUUUUUGUCGUAUACAGCUUUAUUGCAGGUCCUGGAACCCUUCUCUUCACAUUACAGGCUGAGUUAUUCGACAGACCAACUAAAACCGUGGGAGCUUCGAUAUCAAUCUUUACAAAUAUGCUAAUCAUGUUUCUGGCCAUCAGAUACAACGACACUAUAAUCAAUUAUAUCGGAGUGUAUUGGAAUUACUGGAUGUUUAGUUGUAUAUCUGUGUUCGGUUGUUUAUUUGUUAUUUUAUUUAUACCAGAGACAAAGGGGAAGACUUUUACUGAAAUACAGGAAUUGCUGGGAAAUGGAUGUAAAACUACGUUUACACUUUGUAAGUGAGUGCGGUUACUAUGUAUGUAAAUAAUAAGUAAGAUAGUAAUCUAUGUAAUUUUUUAUCCACCUGGAAUGAUAAAUAGAUUGAGGGCCCAGCUCCUGGUAGGUGAAUAUCGUAAUUUAUACAGAUAAUACUGGCUGUUAUACGUGUUUUCGUUUGCUUCUUAGUUAAAAAAUAGGCUAUGUACAAUCUAGUGCCAUAUCAAAUUUAUAAUCCAUUCAACCAUUUAGUCGUGAAAAGGUAACAAACAGACAGACAGUCAGCGAUUCGCUUUAAUAAUAUUGUAAUAUUAUAUGGUCAUCCAUACUACAUGGACAAAAUGUGGUCUUGUGAAGUCUUUAAUUAGGUACUGUAGAUACAUACCUACUUAGAUAUCUUCAUCCUUUUAUUUGUACAUGUAUCAUUACAUAGUCAAAAUAAAGUCUCUGUCGCUGUCUGUCCCUAUGUAUGCUUAAAUCUUUAAAACUACGCAACGGAUUUUGAAGCGGUUUUUUUAAAUCGAUAGAGUGAAUCUAGAGUAAGGUUUAUUAUAUCUAUAUAGUACAUAUACACCCGUGCGAAGCCGGGGCGAGUAGCUAGUAAUAUAUAAAAUGGUAUCAUCAUCUGGCCAAAACUGUAUAUUUGUCAGUGUGUUUUUUUCUGUAUUAAUUAUAAAGCACAUUGAUUUUAGAAUAAAAAGUAUAAUCCAACACAUAUAAAAUUUGUGUUCUUGUUGCUAAGUAACAGUUAUGUGUAUCGUGCAACUAUUAUGGAAACCAGAUUAAAUUAUAUUUACUGCUAUAUAUGUAUCCGCUAAAUAUAUCCAUCAUUAAUGGAAUUAUUACACACUGGCGGGGCACCAGAUAACGAUGAUUGGAUGAGCAUGAAAUCAGGUUAGAAGGUUAUCUUGGAAUCAUCAGGAAUUAAACACAGUUUCCAGGGGUGACUCUAUGGAGGUCGACCUGACGUGGUACAUUAUUAACAAUCGGGCCUCUGUACCCACAGGGCCACUGUAUUACUAUUAAUCCCCUACCUAGAGCUACAUAUGUGUUAAGUUUUCAAAUAAAAACGAGCGGAGGAGUUAGGAUGAUAUUUUUACUGCGACUUAGUCCGCGUGGAAUUUAACUUUUAUUUUCUAAAAUAAAAGUAGCCUAUGUGAGUAACAUACUACAUACUUAUUACAUUAGCUAAAAAAAGUACCGUCAAAAACGGUCCAUCCAUUUCAGAGAUUAGCUGGAACAAACAGACAGGCAGACAAAAAUUGUAAAAAAUGUUUUUUUGGUGGUUACUUUGGUACUGUAUUUAUAUUCAUAUGCAUGUAGUAAAAACGGUUAUUUCAAUAUUACAAACAGACUCCAAUUUUUUUAUAUGUAUAGAUAACAUUUAAUUUGGGGAAUAUUUUAAUACGUAAUUAUUAUUAAAUUAUUGUAUUAGUAAAUUCAUUGUAAUAAGAUUGUACAUAGACAAUGUUAUUAAUCAAUUUACUAAUAAACAACUAAAUGGCGUUGUAUAGAUGUUUUAUAUAUAUUUGUCGUUUAAUUAAGUAUCUUUAGUACACGGCGAUUCACAUUGGGUAUGUACUAAACGCGUGCGCAGGCGGCAGGAGUCUCCACUAGUAGUUAAUAAAUCUAAAUUUUAUUGAUGCUUGAACUAUUUUGUAAAUAUAAGUAAGUUUUAAUUAAAUAUUGUUUGUAGAAUUAUUGGUCAUUCAUUUAGUGUGGUAACUACAUAUGUAUAUACCUACUUGAACCUGAAAUAAAUUACU